CUAUCAGUACUAAAUAUAUUGCCUUGCGGACCAGAACAUGGCUCAAGUGGUUGAAGUGGCUGACCAGUGGAGUGCACCAGAAUGGUUGAAUGUGCAGUUUGUGACAGAAGUUCUGAGUAGCUACGAAAAAGAACCGGACCUCAAGGUUACCAAACUGGAUUCCAAUCCAGGAAGUGCCAAAGGGGAUAACUAUGCCAGUGCUAUAAUUCGAGCUCGAGUGGAAUACACAACCCAGAAGGGAUCCUUUUUCAAGUCUCUGAUUAUCAAAAAUGCUUUAGAAAUGUUUGCAGAAUCAGCUAUAUUUAAAACUGAAAUAGGCAUGUAUACAAAGGUCCUGCCAGAGUACGCAAGAAUAUUGCGAGAAAACAAUGAUACAUCCAGGCUGUACGCAGACUGUAUAUAUUAUAGUCUGGAGCCACGUCAAGUUAUGAUCUUCGAGGAUCUGGCCGAGAUGGGUUAUGCCAUGGUGCGAAAUCGCACGCUCACGCAGGAGGAGAUUUGUGGUGCCUACUUAAAGUUGGCCAAAUUUCAUGCACUUGGGUUGAAGAUUGUUAACGAGCGACCAGAGUUAGUUAAGGAAUUCAAGGAUGGCCUCUGUCUCGUUGAUCUUCCCUUUAUGACCUGUGGAAUGGGUACGUUUAAGGACUUCUUAGGCCGCAUUCCUGAGUUGGAAAGAUACAAGCCGCACUUCGAGAAGAUAGAAGUUAAUUUUAAGGACCGUAUUCGUGAUGUCAUGAAGGAGUACCAAACCAAUCCCCAGCCUGGAUACUACGUUCUCUGCCAUGGAGACUACCACAUCCGGAACUUAUUGUUCAAGCACAAUGAGGAAACCGGAAGCUUCGAGGAUUGCAUGCAGCUCGACUACCAAGGAUGCUAUGUUACUCCUCUUGCCGUGGACCUGAUGUAUUCCAUUUACAUGAUAAUGGGCAGGGAACAGCGCAUUGGGCAAUUCGAGACCUUACUGAACUACUACUUCUCAGUUCUGCGCGAAACCCUCAAAAAGAUUGGCUACCACGGAGUACUGCCCGAUCCUAUUGCCUUUUGGAAGGAAAUGAGCCGUGGAAAAUAUUACGAGUUCCUAUUUAUCAGCACCUACUUGCCCAUGUCAGUAGGUCUUAGCCUUGAAACCGCAUCUAACGAUGAAAGUGAUGAAAAAUUACGGGAUUUUAUUGAAGAAUGUAAAGUAAUGCUGGCCCGAUUUGAAAGAUCUGGAUAUUUUGAGGAUUUGUAAGAAUGUGUACUGAAGGAAAAUAUUUAUGAGAGCAGUAUUAAUCCGAUAAUCGACAAUAAAGUUUUAUGGCUAAAGUUU